AUGACAGUAUCGCCAAUCCCAAUAUGGUUAGACUGUGACCCAGGACAUGACGAUGCAAUAGCAAUCCUUUUAGCAUGUUUCCAUCCAGCAUUUAAGCUCAUCGGAAUCAGUGCUUGCUAUGGUAACUCGACUCCAGAACAUACAGAUUACAACGCUCGUUCAUUGUUAACUGCAAUGGGGAAAGCACAUUCCGUUCCAGUGUUCAAGGGAGCCCAAGUUCCAUGGUUCCGGAAACCAGAGUAUGCACCGGAUAUACAUGGUGCUACAGGUCUCGACGGCACUUCAUUAUUACCUACCCCAGAAUGUUCAUCUAGAGAUGAUAUGACAUAUCUAGAAGCCAUGGAAAAAGCAAUAUUGAAGUAUCCUGGACAGAUAUCUUUAGUAUCUACAGGUGCAUUAACUUCCGUAGCUACCCUAUUAAAGGAAAAACCGCAUUUAAAGAAAUGUAUAAGGCAUAUAAGUAUAAUGGGAGGUGGAUUUGGAUUAGGUAACAAGAAUAUCAACCUUUCCGCUGAAUUCAAUAUAUGGGUAGAUCCACAUGCAGCAAAUUUUAUAUUUCAUGAUACUGAAGUCAAAACCAAAUGUAUACUGAUACCCUUAAAUCUGACUCAUAUGGCAAUUGCAACAAAAGAUAUUGAGGUGAAAAUAUUGGGAGAUGGAAAUUCGAAACUUCGGAAGUUAUUUUUUGAACUAUUCCAAUUUUUCGGCCAUACCUAUAAAGAUAUACAAGGCUUCGACGAUGGGCCUCCUGUUCAUGAUCCACUAACUCUACUCCCAUUACUGGAAUGCUAUGGUUGGUACCCUUCUUCCACUAUCCAGUUUGAAUAUAGAAGAAUGGAUGUGAAUGUCAUUGAUGACUUAAAGGCCCCAGAUGUAGGCCGUAUCUUUUCUGUUAAAGAGUACCCAAGAAAUUCUAAUGAAGGUAUUAUAGUUGGUCGUCACUUGAAUAUAUCAUUUUUCUGGGAUCAAGUAUUGGAUGCAUUGGAUCACGCACAAAAACACUCUACGAUUGAGACUGAUACAGCUCACACACAAUAA